AUGGACCAAUUGCUGACCAAAGACCAGGAGGUGCUUUACAAGCUCUUCCAGUGGUCAUGCAUGGGGAACUCCAAGCUUACGUUGAUUGGAAUCGCCAACGCUCUGGAUAUGACGGACCGAUUCCUGCCACGGUUGAAGGCCAAGAAUUGCGAACCUCAGCUGUUGAACUUCAACCCUUACCAAGUCUCGGAGAUCCGAGAAAUCAUCAUGGAUCGACUUUUCUCCUUGGAGGGUAGCGAUGACUCGGCCAAGGAGGACACAGAGAACAAGUGCAGCGAUGAAUCAAUGGCGACAGCAACGGUCAAGGGUAGAAUGCUCAAGGUGGCGCCUCUGAUGCAAAAGCCUGCAAUUGAACUCUGUGCACGCAAGGUGGCUGCUGCCACUGGUGAUCUGCGCAAGGCGCUGGAUAUCUGUCGACAGACGAUCGAGAUGGUUGAGUUGGAAACCAAGAAGAAGGAAAGAAUGAUGGCACGUCAUUCUGUCCCUACAACUCCCACGACGGAGAAGCCUAUGCCUCUGCAGGAGAUCAGUCUGGCUGAUUUGGAGAACCGGAUUGCCGGAGGCACAACUCUGGUGGGUAGAAGGAUCCUUCAUCCGCGCACACAUUCAACGUCGUCCGUGCCGUCGCUGUCUGUUUACGGUGGCGGCUCAACAAUGCUGACCAGUGGGGUUACUAUUCAAGAAGCGCCCAAGGUCACGAUUGAGCAUGUCAAGCGGGCUUUGACCUCUGCGUUUGGCUCUCCCAUGGUCCAGAAGAUGAAGAAUCUCAAUGUUCACCAGCUAAUUGUCCUUGCAAUUUUGGUGAUCAAGAUUCAAGCAGGCAAGACUAUUGACUGCGAUGUUGGAAAGGUCUUUGACCAUUACGCCAUUGCGUGCCGUAGCAGCAACAAAAUCGGGGCGGUGAGCCGAGGCGAAUACCAAGAUCUUAUCAACAUGCUCGAGGCCAACGGAUUGGUGACUCUGAGCAAGGCCAAGGAAGAGCGUCUUCGCAAGCUGACCUUGGUGCCUCGUGAGACCGAGGUUCUGGAUGCCAUCAAGGACCAAGCCAUUCUCGAGGCGAUCCUUACCAAGGCCGGUGUCAAGCUCAACAUCGCUGACAGCGAGUAG